AUGUCGAAAGAAAGCCAGCCCGAAAUAAAGGAAAGUCAGAAGCCUAAUGCAUCUCCUGAGGAGCUAGUGCGUGAAGAUGGAGAAGUAGAAGGAUACCAGAAGGAAGAGGGAAAGUUCAACCUGCCAGCUCAACUUUUGGAACCAGUAGGAAAUUUGGAAUACUGGAAUUAUGUAGACCGACCCGACUAUUUUGUAACAAUGGGCGAUGAAGAUGAUGACCUUGAGCGUAUGCUGGCUGUCUUACGGUGGUGGUUUACGAAGGAUCUACGGUUUAUACGAGGUCGUGUAGUGAAGCCAUAUAACUCAGUUCUAGGCGAGUUCUUUCGCUGCAAAUGGGAUGUGGAUCAGCCUGUUGUUCGUGAAGAUCAUACCAUUGAUCCUGAAUCAUCUCACCUUCCAGUGUUUAAGACAGAAUCUACAGAAUCGACAAAGUACCCAAUAGGAACGGCGUACAACCGCUCAUCGACGUCUCGUGCUCAAUCAAGCAGAAGCUUUUUGGGCAAAAAGGCAUCGAAAAAGCGCUCGAAAAAUGUAAUCGCCGAGGUAAAUGCUUCUGCAUCUACUCCUGACUUAAAUCAAGAUUCCCUUACUUCAUCGCUUUCAGAUUUACAGCUCCCAAGCUUUACUAGUGCAAAUGAACAUGAUGAGACAACGAUUCCUUCCACUGCUUCUUCUCAUUCUGGUAGUAUGCGAGGCAGAUCAACCUCGAAUGUUCCUGAAAAGCACCCUGUAGUAUUUAUGGCUGAGCAGACUUCUCAUCAUCCAGCUGUCAGUGCUUAUAUUGUUACGUGUCCCUCCAAGGGAGUAGAAAUGUUUGGUCAAGACCAAAUUUCGGUUGGUUUUACUGGAACUUCCUUCAAGGUUUCCCCAGGACAUCUUAAUAAGGGAGUGUAUGUGCGUCUUAAGCAUCGAGACAAUGAAGAAUACCUAUGCACCCAUCCUUCUGCUUCCGUUGGCGGAAUCCUUCGCGGUAGUUUACAUAUUAAUAUGCAGGACUCAACCUAUAUCACCUGUCCAAGAACCCGGAUCAAAGCUAUCAUUACUUAUGUAGAAGAACGUUGGCUUGGUAAACCAAGAAGCUUAGUGGAGGGUGUUGUUUUUCGCUAUGACCCUGAGAAUGACUGUUAUGAUACCAUUAAAUCAGUUCCCAGUGACUGUAUAAUGGCUACUUUUAAAGGAAACUGGAGAAACUGCAUUUUUUAUAACUUAGCUGGUGAUUCCGAGUCGAAGGUACUUGUGGAUUUGAAUGAGCUCGACUUGGUUCAUAAACGCUGUCCUCCUUUAAGUAAACAGUUUCCUUACGAGUCUCGCAAGAUAUGGUUCCCUGUUACUCAGAACAUUGUUGGCAAACGAUAUUCCCAGGCCACCAAAGCAAAACAAGAAAUAGAAGAGCAACAAAGGCAAGAAGCUGCUACCCGCACCGAAUCGAAUAUCGAGUGGAAACCACGUUAUUUCAUUGCAGAUAAUGAGAAUGGACAUCCUACUUUGACGGAAGCUGGCAAAAAGGUUCUUGAAGAUACAUUAAGUGAAAAUUAUACACAUGAAAACUAA